GCAGAAAGACAGAUAACAAGCUAUAAGGCUUUUGGUCAUUUCCACUCAGUGCACACAGCCAUUCUCCUAUGACUGUGUGUCUCUGCUCUGAGCAUAAUUCUUAUCAAAAUUGUGUGACAACACUGUACAGGCUUUUUGUCUUGCUGUUGUUGGGUUGGAAUUAUGAAUCAUCUCCAUGACAGCUAGCUUUUCAGUUGUUCCAUGACAUGGUAAAUGGUUUGUCCUGUCAUGACAAAUUGAUUUCAUAAAGGUUUUAGAGACUCUGCCCAGGAAACAGAAGGGAGAAGUUGCUCUCAGAAAGGGGACUUUCUACAAGAACUGCUUCCUCACAGUCACACAAGGAGUUGUAGGCAUGGAAGGCUUGGAGGACUAUGUUGAUUAUGAGGAUUACGUUCCAGACAACAAAACCGAUUUCAGCUCCUCUUCAGAUGAACCAGAAGCUUUCACUGCCACUAAGUCCUUUUUGACUGACACACUCGUGGCAAUCAAAAUUAUCAUAUGUGUUAUUGGGCUUGGAGGAAACGGUGUGGUCAUCUGGAUCUGUGGCUGGAAAAUGAAAAGAACGGUCAACACUGCCUGGUACAUCAGCCUGGCCAUCUCAGACUUCUUGUUCUGUGCCUGCCUGCCCUUGGAGAUAGUUUACAUGGUCACCUCACAUUGGCCUUUUGGGCUGGUGCUAUGCAAGCUCAUGUCUUCGGCUCUGUUUCUCAACAUGUACAGCAGUGUUUUUCUCUUGGUUCUGAUUAGCGCUGACCGCUGCAUCAUAAUUUCGUUUCCUGUAUGGUCACAGAACCACCGGAAAGUACAGACAGCAUCUACAGUUGUGGUCCUUAUGUGGGUCCUCUCUGCCAUCUUAACCUUGCCUGCACUGGUCUACAGACAAACAAAAAUCCACGGGUCUGUCACACAGUGCUACACUGAAUACAUGUCAGUUUCGAACCACAAGGCAGUGGCACUGACGCGAUUCAUCUGUGGCUUUCUGAUCCCUUUCCUACUGAUUGUCUUCUGCUGCUCAGUGCUGUGUGUGAAGCUGAGAAGUUUAACCAUCAAGUCCACAAAGCCUUACAAGGUCAUGGCUGCACUCAUCUUGUCGUUUUUCAUCUGCUGGGUUCCCUACCAAACCUUUGUUUUGCUGGAGAUAGACAUCAGUAAGCACAGCCUGGAAAUAAUUCAAAUUGGACUGCAGGUGGGAGGCACUCUGGCUGCAGCAAACAGCUUCAUCAACCCAGUUCUGUAUGUGUUUAUUGGUAAUGACUUCCAGCAGACCCUAAAGCGGUCUUUUAUGUCAAGGAUAGAGAAUGCAAUGGCAGAUGAUUGUCGCACAGGUGGUCUGAAUCCCUCAAAGUCCAAGUCAAUGGAAAUCUGUGAAUGAAAUGUAUAAAUAUUGUUAUGGAUGACCAGGUGUAUUUCAUUGCUAUAAAUAGAUGUAACAUGACAGAAUUAACCUAUAGUAGCAUGUAACAAUGUAAAAAUUUUGCACAACAAUCAUUACAAUAUUGUACUAGAAACGUAUUUUAAAAAUGUGUAUGUUAAUACAUCUGCUUGGCCCAGUGUUUUUCAUUAUAAUUCUCAAUUCCAAUAAGUUAUUUUAAGUUAUUUUUGGACUGUGUGCUCAUAUGAGAAGAUGU